UAGGAAUGCGCUGGAAGUUUUCCUGCAGGCUGCCUCCACAUGUUGAAGAGUGAAUAUGGACAUCUGGCCGCUGGUCCUCGUGUUCGUCCAGUUCUGCUCCUGCUCGGGUUAUGAAGGGUCAGGACACUAUGCAUACGGAGACGAUGAAGACUGGUAUUCUCGCAGAUAUAAAGAAACCUUGAGAGCGCUUCACAUUUCAUCCAACGCUUCCCGAAGGACCCCGUGGUGCGCCCCUAUUAAGGUGAAGCAUGGCGACGUGAGCUGUCGGACGCCCAGAGGGGAAAACUACAAGAACGUUCUCGGCACGCGAUGCAAGAUCCGCUGUAAGCGCGGGUUCGAGUCCGAGAGCUCUGAGGUGGUCUGCAUGGCCAGCAAACACUGGUCGUCCAAUUAUGCCUGCCGAGAGGUCCGGUGUCCGAAGCUGAACAUGCCCGCCAACGGCGGCUACAAGUGUACGGACGGCUCCUACUUCAACUCUCGCUGUGAGUACUUCUGUUCUCCGGGCUACACCCUGAAAGGCCAGAAGACCACCACCUGCCAACACAGCAAGAUGUGGAGCGCCGGAGACAGCACCUGUGUUGAUAUGGAUGCUCCCGUGAUCAAGUGUCCUAGUCUGAAGGAUAAGUGGGCCGAGCCAGGGAAGCUGACAGCCAGGGUGACUUGGGACACACCAGAGGGCAUCGACACGGCGGACGGCAUCCUCACCGAUGUGAUUCUGAAAGGGAAACCGUCCAAAUCGGACUUCCUGGAGGGGCUUCAUAAGAUGUCCUACACCGUCUUUGACCGUGCUGGGAACAAAGGAUCCUGCCGUUUCUCCGUCAGAGUGAGAGUGCGCCGUUGCAGCCCGCUGUUCCAUCCAGACAACGGCUACAUGAAAUGCGACAGCGAAGGAGACAACUACGGCGCCACCUGUGAGUUCACCUGCACAGGUGGCUACGAGCUCCAGGGCAGCGCUGCCAGGGUGUGCCAGUACGGACUCACCUGGUCCGGCACAGACGCCACCUGUGCACCCAUGAACAUUAACGUGGGCGUGCGCACGGCCGCGGCGUUGCUGGACCAGUUCUAUGAGAAACGACGGCUCUUGGUCAUCUCCGCCCCCACCGCCGCCAAUCACAACUACCGCUUCCAGAUGACCAACCUACAGCAUGCCCAAUGUGGUCUGGACCUGAGGCAUAUGACAGUAAUAGAGCUGGUUGGGACGUACCCAGCACAAAUUGGACGCAUCCGACACAGGCUCCUUCCUCCUGGACUCGCCAUUCAACUCAAGUUGCUGCUCCAGAUCCCGCAGAGGUCCUUCGGCAUGGUGCUAAUAGACAAGCAGGGCACGGAUAAGCAACGCUACACGUUCCCCAUAACCUCCGCCGAACUCUUCACCACCGUCGACACGUUCCCCCUCCGCAAGGACGAGAUGGUGUUACAGCAGGAAGCAGGGCAGACCUGUUAGUCGUUAACAAGCCCCCCACCUCCCCGGGUCUGCGAUCACGCCUCCACCCGCCGUCGCUAAUCUUGUGUCAAGUCCACCUCGUGAGCCGCUCCUACUCAUCCACCGCCAACAGCACCACCCUAAAUCUCUCGUUUCAGCCACUCGGAUUCAUCAACUCAGUCUACUGCAACCUCCAGUCUUGUACUAUGAAGUGUGUGUGUGUGUGUGUGUGUGUGUCUACCACGAUGCAAUGGAUGUCAGUCACAGUACCGCUCUAUGAGACGAGAGAUUUAUGGAAUCCACAGAUUACCACACAGACGAAUGGGUCAUACAUCACAAUCAUAUUGAUUCUUUUGUUGUCGUUGUCCUUUUUAUUAUUAUUUUCAAAGCGGAACCUUGUUUUACUAUUUUGUCUAGAGACCUUUCCUCGUUUUGUGAAACUGGAAUUCUCUUCUGCUGCCUAAUAUUUAUGUCUCCUUUUCCUCACAGUGAUGCAUUUAGACAUUUCUCCGGAGUAAAUGUGUACGCUCAGCGCCAGAUGGUGAUGCUGGCAUAUUGUGUGUGCU